AUGGAAGAGAUUAAGACGAUCGAGGCAAAAGUGGUGCAGUUUUAUGACCAGAUAAAUCAGAUCCAACUCCUACAAGAUUGUAAGUCUUUCAAUGAUGGAGUCCAUUCGUCAGUGUCAAUGUCAAUGGAGAACAGAACCAUGGUAGAUGAAGAAAUUACAGUGGGCUUUGAUGAUGAGGCGUUGACUAUAAAAGAGCUACUUGCUGGAGGGAAGAAGCAGCUACAAAUGAUAUCAAUUGUUGGGAUGCCUGGACUCGGUAAGACAACUUUAGCCAAAAAACUAUACAAUGAUCCUUUUAUCAUUUGCCACUUUCAUAUUCAUGCAUGGACCUAUAUUUCUCAAGUACCCAAAAAAAUGGAAAUGUUGUUGGACAUUUUACAUUUUAAUGUCCUUACUGAUGAAGAUAAACACAUGAGCAAUGAAAUGUUAGGCGACAUGUUGUAUAAAAAAUUAAAGGGAAAAAGAUAUCUCAUCGUCAUUGAUGAUAUAUGGGAUAUUGGUGUCUGGGUCGAUCUUAAAAUGUAUUUACCAAAUGACAAAAAUGGAAGUAGGGUUAUGUUUACUAGUCGGCCCAUGCAAACGUCACCUCAUAGCCAUACUCAUUGUCUGCAUUUUCUAACUGAAGAAGAAAGUUGGGAAUUAUUUCAACAAAAGGUGUUUCAGGAUGAAUGUUGCCCUACAAAACUGAUUGAAAUAGGAAAGCAAAUAACGAAAAAAUGUCCAGGGCUUCCACUUGCAAUUGUUGUUAUAGUAGGACUUCUUGCAAAGAACAACAAGACACAAGAGUGGUGGAAACAAGUUGCCCAAAGUGUUAGCUCAUACAUUGUUAGUGAUCAAAACCAAUACUUGGACACACUAGGACUGAGUUACAAUCACUUGCCUUGUCACUUGAAACCAUGCUUUCUCUAUUUAGGAGCAUUUCCCGAUGACCAAGAAAUUUCGGUGCAGAAAUUAAUUUGGUUAUGGGUAGCAGAGGGAUUUGUACAAAACAUUGGGUAUGUAAUGCCCCGAAAUAAUUCAACAUAA